AUGACGUAAAUGACAUUGUCUGAAGGAACAUCUCGAUCCAUUGAGCUGUCAAAUGUGAAUGAAGAAAAUCUGUUCACAAAACAAAUACGAAAUAAGUGAUGAGUAGAAAAAUUUGUUGAUUGAUUUCAAUCUUUUCAAAUGGAAACGUGUUAUAAAUACUGUAUAAAAUAUUAGAAUAUCAUAAACAAAGAUGCCUUUAUUUGGAAAGUCACAAAAAAGUCCUGCUGAUGUGGUGAAAGCGCUCAAAGAGGCAGUGAAUUCGUUAGAAAAAGGAGAUAAGAAGGCUGAGAAAGCACAGGAAGAUGUAAGCAAAAAUUUGGUCUUGAUUAAGAACAUGCUUUAUGGAACAUCGGAUGCAGAGCCCCAAACAGAUAUUAUAGUAGCGCAGCUUGCCCAAGAAUUAUACAACAGCAAUCUCCUACUCCUGCUGAUUCAAAAUUUGAACAGAAUUGAUUUUGAGGGCAAGAAAGAUGUGGCACAAGUUUUCAAUAAUAUCUUAAGAAGGCAAAUUGGGACCAGAUCGCCAACUGUAGAAUAUAUCUGUACGAAGCCUGAGAUUUUAUUCACACUCAUGACAGGAUAUGAACAUCAAGAAAUAGCUUUGAAUUGUGGCACCAUGCUGAGGGAAUGUGCUCGAUAUGAGGCUCUUGCAAAGAUAAUGUUGUAUUCAGAUGAUUUUUACAAUUUCUUCCGUUAUGUUGAAGUCUCCACUUUUGAUAUAGCAUCAGAUGCAUUUUCCACUUUCAAGGAAUUGUUGACCCGACACAAGGUUGUGUGUGCAGAUUUCUUAGAAACAAAUUAUGACAAAGUAUUUGAACAUUACCAGAGUCUCUUGAAUUCUGAAAAUUAUGUCACCAGGAGACAAAGUUUGAAAUUAUUAGGGGAACUUCUUCUUGACCGACACAAUUUUACUGUUAUGACUAGGUAUAUUUCUAAUCCAGAUAAUCUAAAACUAAUGAUGAAUAUGUUGAAAGAACGCUCCCGUAAUAUUCAGUUUGAAGCCUUCCAUGUAUUCAAAGUAUUUGUGGCCAAUCCAAACAAACCAAAGCCAAUCCUUGAUAUUCUAUUAAGGAAUCAAGAAAGACUAGUAGAUUUUUUGAUGAAGUUCCAUACUGAUAGAGCAGAAGAUGAACAGUUCAAUGACGAGAAAGCCUACCUUAUCCGUCAGAUCCAAGAACUUAGGCCAGCCACUGGACAUUAAAUUAAAGAGUUGAUAAUUAGACCUAUCAGCCUUUUAUGAAUUUUGAAUCGGCGUAUCACUGCUGUCCUUUUAGUUGAAUUGAGUGAAAUUAUUGUCGGCCCCUAAUUUUUCAAUUUGUGAGAUGCACACUUUAAGCUUGCGAUCUCAUCAAAAGAUUCUUGAAGUGUUUAUGUGCAUUUGGUGCUAUCUUCAAUGAUGGGUUAUAUCUUGUAUUAUAUCGAUUAUUUUAAACAUGGUUUUUAUUCAACAUAUUUCUAUAUAUAAUAGCUCCAGAUGAAAAAGUCUUUGAAUUUUAGUGUACUAUGCAGCUAAUCUAGAUGAAUUACUAGGUAUUUUUGAAAAAAAAAAGAACAUUCUUUUAUGUAAUGUUACAAUAUUUAAUAUUUAAUUUUAUACCGUAAAGUAUCAUUAUCUUUCCUUUCAGUAAAAAUUAUUGUCUUCUUCAGUACCUUUUACUCUUUAAACAAUAGGGGCCCUCUUGAGUUAUUCUCUACAAUAGGCAGAUGUUAACACUUUUAUCAUUGCUAGUAGUAAUUCUUUAUAUCCAUUCUAUCAUGUUCCAUUUUUUCAAUAAAUUAUUUUCAGUU